CGUCAGGUGGCACGUGGAACCGGGUUCCUCCUGCGCGAGUCAACAUGGCAGACGAAGCCACCAGGAAAGCAGUCUCUGAAAUACCGCUUUUGAAAACAAAUUCAGGACCAAGAGACAAGGAACUGUGGGUUCAGAGACUUCGAGAGGAAUAUUUAGCUCUAAUUAAGUAUGUUGAAAAUAACAAAGCAGCUGACAAUGAUUGGUUCCGUCUAGAGUCCAACAAAGAGGGCACGAGGUGGUUUGGAAAAUGCUGGUAUAUCCAUGAGCUUCUCAAAUAUGAAUUUGACAUAGAAUUCGAUAUUCCAGUUACAUAUCCAUCUACAGCGCCUGAAGUGGCCAUUCCUGAGUUGGAUGGGAAGACAGCGAAGAUGUACAGAGGUGGCAAAAUCUGCUUGACGGAUCACUUUAAACCACUGUGGGCAAGAAAUGUACCAAAGUUUGGACUGGCUCAUCUUAUGGCUUUGGGACUUGGACCGUGGCUUGCUGUUGAGAUUCCUGACCUCAUUACAAAAGGCAUAAUUCAACAUAAAGAUCAGCAAAACAGCUGAAAACAGUUGCAGGCCUUGCAUUUAACGUCUUAACGGUGUCACAGCAAACACAAUUAGCCGUUUUAACAACCGUUUGUUUGAAAUGAUGGCUUGCUUUCCAUGCUGUGGUUUAAAGUUUUAUUUGCAACUUCACAGAAAACCGUGUUCUACACAUUCACAUUUCAUAUUUGUACAUGGAGCUGUUUUUUUCUUCUUCUUCUUUAAUGUAGGCCAUGGUUAUUUCAAUAUUGCCCAAGUUUAUAUAACACCUGUCAAUUGGAAUAUGUAUGUUUUUCAUCAGUAAAACCUGGUAAACCCAUGUGGAACACUUUUAAUUUGUGAACUUGGGUAAACAUCAUGAGGAUGAGAAGUAACUUGUUAGUAAACUAACUUUCUAAGUUAAGUUUGAUGUCACAGCAAAGAGUAGGUUGCAGCCCUUUGUUGAUUAGAAAUGGGUAUCCAAAAUUUAGUUGCUCAGUUGAAAGUUUCUCUUUAUUACCUGACAGACAGUCGCUCCAGUACACAGUGUUGAUAAAACAAGAUUUUAAAUUCAGUAACUCUCCAAUUGCCACCUUUCCUUGUAAUUCAUCAUUAGACUAACCAUUAAAGUUUUAAAACAAGCAGUACUUGCAAAUAUUUUGAAAUACUUGCAACUACAAGCAAUGAGAAAAAUUAAAAGCAAAAACUUGGCUAAAUGCAAACAUUUACUUCUAAAUAAAGGUUUACAUUAUAAAUACAUAAUUAUCAUCUGUUAAAAGCGAAGAAGCAAAGUUCUACAUAUGUAGUUGUGUGUUAUUGAAUUGAAUUUGUAACAUUUUGAAAGGUUGAAUAACACAAACAGUGGUGUGACUUUUUAAAAUGUUACAAAUAAAAGCUGUUUGGUAAGAAAUUGUCUGCUCGUACAUGGAAUAACUGCAUCAUUUGUGAUUUUUGAGGGGUAAUGACUUAAGUCUAAGGGGAAAUAUAAUCAAAUCAUUGCUCUGUUUGUUUGAGCAUCCCAACCUUUGAGUUUAGGAUAGGACUAUCUGUUGGCCAACCAAUGUCAGAUUAGGGGAGUGGAUCUUAAGAUGUGCCAAUUUUGCUAUCCAAAAAAGAAUAUAUAUAUACACACAUAAAUAUAUAUGUGUAUAUAUUUAUGUGUGUGUACAUAUAUAUAUAUAUAUAUAUAUAUAUAUAUAUAUAUAUAUUAGUAUAUAUACAGGUGCAUCUCAAUAAAUUAGAAUGUCGUGGAAAAGUUCAUUUAUUUCAGUAAUUCAACUUAAAUUGUGAAACUCGUGUAUUAAAUAAAUUCAGUGCACACAGA